AUGCUCAAGGCGACGGGUCCGGCGUUAUUCCUCGGCAUAGAGCUCGCGGUGGACCAGAUACGGGCGACCAUCGUAGACGAGGGCCUCGAGCUCGUGGGUGUAGAGUCCGUAGACUUUGACACGGAGCUACCAGAGUACCAAACACAAGGCGGCAUCUUCACCACGCCCGGUAAUGCGUACACCACCCCAGUCGAGAUGUGGAUCAAGGGUCUUGACACCCUCCUGCAAAAGCUGCAUCGCGCAUACGAUCUCGGGCGAAUAAAAUGCAUCGGCGGCGCCGCCCAGCACGCCAUCGUCUGGUGGAAAUCGACCACGAUACCCUCCCUCUCCUCCCUCGACCCGCACGUCCCCCUCCACGUUCACUUCCCCGCGCCAUCCUUUUCUCUACCCAACACGCCUGUCGCACAGGACACGUCUUCCCACCAGCAUGCUGUCGACCUGGAGGAAAUGGCGGGUGGCCCGGAUAACCUCGCGCGGAGGGUCGGCACCUGCGGAAACGACUCGCUGGUCGCAGCGCAGCUUUUGCGCGUGCGCCAGACGUGGCCGCAGGAUGUGUGGGCGCGGACGGGCCGCUUGCAGUUGGCUAGCGCAUUCUUGGCAAGCCUCAUCUGUGGCAAGUGGGUACCGAUGGGCGAGGCGGACGCGUGCGCUACCGGCAUAUGGGUCCAUAGCGCUAAUCCCUCUGCGAAUGGUCAAGGCCAUUGGGAUGAGGGGAUCCUCGACUUCGUAGGUGGUAGCCGCGAGGAAGGGCGGAGAGUCCGCGGAUGGCUAGGCGAUGUCGAUGUCACAGGUGGUGGUCGGCGCGUCAGCAAUGUCUCAAGAUACCUUGUCGAUCGGUACGGAUUCGAUCCAGAAACGACUGUUACGCCCUUUAUGCCCGAUUAUCUGUCCACGUACCUAUCUCUCUGUCCCUCACCAACUGACGCCGUCCUCUCAUUCGGCCCCAUGGAUCAUUUACUCACUCCCGCACAACAUUACAACCCCACACGUCUCUACAACCUCUUCCCGCACCCUGCUCAGGAUCCAGGCGAAAAGAGGCGAUACAUCGCUGUUCUGAGUAGCCGCAAUGGCGAUGUUCCUCGCGCGCUCGUGCGCGACAUGUACACCAAGAGCUGGAGUGCAUUUGACAGGCUCGUCGCCAUCGUCCCGCCUGGUGGAUCUAUCGGCCUGGACGAUAAACUCUUCAGCUUCUGGAACCUCUCGUGCGACAGCCACCCAUUCCAGAAAGUCAAGGGCAUAUAUCGUUUCGAGCACGGCAUCAAAGUGACGGAAUUCCGUGACCUGCGCGCUAACCCGCGUUGCUUGAUAGAAAGCCAGGUUAUGUCCUUCCGCGUUCGCUGGGCCAAGAUGCUCGCCACAGGCGUCUUGGGCAACCGCAAAUCCAACACGGCUACCCCUACUCCCACCCCACCACCGACGAACUCGCGGCCGAUUUCUUCGUCUCUCGGCGUGACGUUCGACCCUUAUGACCAUAGCACGCUGCCGGCGCGUAUUUUGUGUACGGGCGCGGCUGCCAACUUCCCCAGUAUCUCGAAUCUCGUCGGCGAUGUCUUCAACGCGUCGAUAUUCAUCCCGACCACACAGGUCGACUCGGCGCAGGUCGCGCCCCACCGCAACUCACCAGCGCAGGGAUACCCAAGUCGCGCUACUAUCGGUGCUGCCUACGUUGCCCGCUGGGUCUGGGGCAAGCAGUCACAAUGGGCACUGGGCAGCAGCGGCGGCCUGGCAUACGAGGAUGAGAUCCGCCGGCUACUCGGCAAGCGCUGGGUCGUCAGCGGGCAGACGCCGCUGAAGACCAACAUCGGCGGCCUCCCUGCCAAGGCCCUCAGCACCGGCAGCGGCAGCGGCGCGAGCACGCCUUUCGGCGCGCCGCGCGGGAUCGGGAACACCGUAUUUCGGGAGGAAGAGGAGGACGAAGUGCUCGACGUCGACGGCCAGCCGAAAAGCCCGGGCACGCCGUUCACGCUGAGCGUGCCGAACCUGUUCCCGCGUUUGCGUACGCAGACGGGGUCGACCGCGGACACCGUGACGAGCGGGAGCUCGGGCCCGACCGCCUCGACUGCGUUCACCACCCCGGACUUGAGCGUAGGCGGCACGAGCGGGACGGGCCCGACGCCGCUGACGCCGGUCACCGCGAUGCCGACGGCGGACGGCGAGCAGCAGGUCGGCCUCGCGAAGGUCGCGGAGCCGGACGUGGACGCGUUCAUGUCAUACGCAGCGCUCGUGCCCGAGUUCUGCCGCCUGGAGGGGCUGCUGGUGAAGGCGGUCGUGUAA